UACAAGCAUCGAGUCACACCCAUACAAUUAUUAUUACAGAUUCGAACAGCUGCGAUGUCGUUGUUAAAACUUAAAUUUGCAAUAUUAGCAUUUAUUCCAGCAUUCCUGACAUUUCAGUACUGUCACUCGCUGAAGCAUUUUGUGGGGAGGUGCCCAUCUCCAAUGCCUGUGCAAAACUUAAACAGGACGGAGUUUUCCGGAAUUUGGUAUGCCAUCCAGACGUACCCGGCCGACAACUAUUAUCCAAAUUUCACUUGCAGUCUAGUCGACUAUAAGUUGCCUAGCCUGGACGGGACAUGGAUCAGGGAGACCCGUCACACCGAUAAAUCCGGACGACUACCUUCAAAUUCCGCCGAAGUGUCGUUUCUAAGCCGUGACGGCAGCGCGUAUUUAAAUGUCGAUAGCUGGUAUAAUUUCACAAGAGCUCAAAAAGAACGAAUAGCGCAAUAUGGGCAGUCAGCGGAGAUGGUUGGACUCGCGAAAACAACAGAAACUAAGUACUCCGUUUAUGUAUUGGCAACAGAUUACUCGAAUUAUGCAGUUUUCUGGACAUGUGAUCAAAGUUGGGGUUCCAAUUACCGUGAAAAGAACCUGUUGAUUACGUCACGGAAUUUGUCCAUUGGGAAUGAAGCCAUGGAGACGAUUAAAACAACUCUGAAUCUCCAGGGCAUUACGACGACCCCCUUAAUUAAAGUUGAUACGAGUGGAUGCAAAAGCAUGUAAUAUUUUGUGGUAUGAAUUUGAUAAUUCUAUUUCAUGAAAUAAAUACAAUCCUGU